AUGAGCAUUGAAAAUUGUCCUCUUAGUCAGAUUCCUGCGGAAAUUGUUAACAAGGGUCCAUCUCUUGUCAUUCAGUUCCUGAAGCUGCGAGGUACCUAUUACUGCCAGAUCCAGCCAGUCAUCUCUGUGAUGUGUCUGCCUCUCUGCACUCUUUCACUUUCCUCUUUCUCUAUAAAACUAGUGCUCCCCUCUCGCCCCCUUUCCCAACACUUUCUUCAUCUUCAGUUAUUACCAAAUACAAGGGGCAAUACCAGGCAGUCAUGUAAUAGUGAAGAUGACACAGAUGAUGUAGUAGAUCAUGAUUACAACGUGGCCUUCCAUGCAGUAAACAAAGUGACAAACAAAGGUCGUUGGAGUAAAGAGGAGGAUAACCUCCUCAGAGAGAUUGUUGCUCGACAUGGAACAGAUGAUUGGAAAGUGGUUGCUGGAUAUUUUCCUGAUCGUACUUAUAUCCAGUGCCAGCAUCGGUGGCUGAAAGUGUUGAACCCAGAGCUAGUCAAAGGACCAUGGACCAAGGCGGAGGAUGAAAAAGUUCUUCAAUUGGUCCGAGAGUAUGGACCCAAACGAUGGACACAUAUUUCAAAGCAGCUGAAAGGAAGAACUGGGAAACAAUGCAGAGAAAGAUGGCACAAUCACUUGAACCCCUCAAUCAAGAAGAGUGCAUGGACUGAGGAAGAAGACAGGCUCAUUUAUCAUUUGCACAAAACACAUGGGAACCGUUGGGCAGAAAUUGCAAAGAAUUUACCUGGCAGAACGGACAAUGCUAUAAAAAACCAUUGGAAUUCAACUAUGAAAAAGAAAUAUGAAUCAAUGGAGGAGCAGAAGAGCAGUAGCUUGCCUGUGUACUCACACCCAUACACACCAAGCACUUCUGAUAAUAUCACAAAUUUACAUCCUGUGAGGCUUUUUAAGAACCAAACGAACUGGAGUGGAAACAUGAGAAACUUAAAACCCAGUAGUUUAUCCCAAGUGAUGGACAAUUGUGGUACAGAUGCAAAAGAUGAAAAUAUUCAACCUCCUGAUAGCUGGAUUACAGAUAAAAAAUCAUCAUUGAUUUCUUCAACUUCAAGUGAUACUGACAAUGGAUUUGGUGGCUUAACUUCUUUGGAUCUUAUCAGUGGAACUGAUGUAAACCCUGGAGUCACACCCAUCAAGUUUACAGCUCUGAAUAAAAAGGACCUUCGAUUUGAUGGACGUGCUAUUGAAAAGUUAAAGUCACCUGGCCGUCUUAUUCCAAUUGCUUCAAAAGUUGCUUCAAAACUGUCAACUCCUCCCACUAUAUUACGAAGAGGAAAACAUCGGCGAAAGCAUUCACGUUCAUCCUGUUACCAAACAAAUGAAGAGAAAAUGAAAGAGGAGAUGAAUCAGUACUUGCCAAAGAGUAAAGAGAAAUGUCGAGAAUUUGAGUCACCUCAGCUACCAACCUAUGAUCUGAUGAAGGAAAAUACUUCUGACUAUUCUUUUGAAGUGGAAAACCAAUCUCCUAAUAUUGGUAAAGUGAUUCAUAUCAAGCAAGAACCUCCUGAAUCUCCAAAGUGCCUUGAAAACAAUAAUAUGAAAGUUAGCCAAUUAAAGAAGGAAGAUGAUGAUGAUGAUGAUGAAGAAUUAGCCAUCGAGAAUUUUAAUCCCUUUCUAGGAAUCCUUCAGAAAGAUUUGAAUCGGACACCAACUGUAACACCUAUCAAGAAUCUACCUUUCUCUCCAUCUCAGUUUUUAAACAGUCCUGAUGCAUUCCUUAAUGUGAAAAUUGCAUCGACACCAGUUAAUUCUGUUACCCCAAACUCACACAUUAGUAAAUCUGAUACUUUGAGUACGCCCUGUUUAAAAUUUAAUGAAAAUGAAGGGAAAUCUGUUUUAAAGACACCAGUGAUUUGCAAAGAUGUUUUGGAUACAAAACCACGUACACCCACGCCAUUCAAGAAUUUCCUAGCAGAAAUUGAAAGACGAAAUGGACCAAUUAAAUCUUCUGCCAACCAUUUAGAUGAAUUGUCUGAGAUCAUCAAAGAAGAUACAGAAUUAUCUCUAAUUGCUGCUCGUUCUGAUGAGAUCACACCAGUUGCACAAAAACGCAAAGCCAAAUCUCAGUUAAAUGAAGGUGGUAAAAGAGCUCGUCAGUCAUUGAAUGCAAAAUGGCAUUCACCAUCUGUUGAUGACACAUUUUCUUUAAUGAUGCCUGAAACACCAAGCAAAUCCCUCAUUUGUGAUGACAGCCUUCUCUUGUCUCCGUCUCUCCUGACAAAAGAAACACUUGCUGAAGAUCAACUUGAAGGUGUCAGUCGGCUUCCAAAAUCACCCCCUUCUGUAAAAAAGAAAGAAGAAAGUGAGCUUGAUGAUUUCUUCAAACAUGCUUGUGGCAAAACAAAAAAUCAGAUUGAAAUGACAGAGCUUGCUCGGAAUUUCACUCAAUCAAGUGAAGGGGAAUCAUUGUUCCGUGAAUGA